CAUAAAAAUGGGUCUCGGCGGCAGAGCAGCAUAACAAACGAUAAUCGUCUGUUUGUAAUAGUAAAAAUGGACUGCUUUUCAUGGUCUAAUGGGCUCUUGGAAAUAAACGAAACUUUAGUGAUCCAGCAACGAGGUGUCAGACUGUAUGACGGUGAUGAUAAGGCUAAGCUUGAUGUUGGAGUCGCCUUGUUGAGCACCCAUCGGUUGAUCUGGAGGGACGUUAAAAACCAUGAAUGCUGCAUAGCCAUGCCCCUGUCACAGAUCAUCUUCUUUGAGGAGCAGGCUGCAGGAAUAGGAAAGAGUGCAAAAAUAGUUAUCCACCUGCAUGCAACACCUGCCAACAAGGAGCCAGGUCCCUACCAACAUAGCAAGUACUCCUUCAUCAAGCUGUCCUUCAAAGAACACGGGCAGAUUGAGUUUCACAGGAGGCUAACAGAAGAAAUGAUUCAGAAGAGAUGGGAGAAUACGCCAGCGUCACUGCCCAUCCCCACAGGAACCGGCUCUCAGGCAGGAAGAACACGUGCCGUGGGGAUUGUUGGCAUUGAGAGGAAGAUAGAGGAGAAGAGGAAAGAAACAGACAAAAAUAUUUCUGAGGCCUUUGAGGAUCUCAGUAAGCUGAUGGUGAAGGCCAAGGAGAUGGUGGAGCUGUCCAGAUCUAUAGCCAACAAGAUCAAAGACAAGCAGGGAGACAUUUCAGAAGAUGAGACCAUUCGGUUUAAGUCCUACCUGCUGAGCAUGGGUAUCGCUGACCCCGUGACCAGAGAAACGCAUGGAUCAGGUACACAUUACCAUUUGCAGCUAGCUAAGCAGCUGGGAGAUAUGCUACAGGCUCCUCUGGAGGAGCGUGGCGGUAUGAUGGCUCUCACUGAGGUGUACUGUCUCGUCAACCGUGCCAGAGGGAUGGAGCUUUUAUCUCCAGAAGAUUUGGUAAACGCCUGCAAGAUGUUUGAGUCGUUGCAGCUCCCGUUGAGGCUGCGUGUGUUUGACAGUGGUGUGAUGGUGGUCCAGCUGCAGUCUCACAGCGAAGAGGAAAUGAUAGCCUCAGCUCUGGACAAUGUGUCCGACAAAGGCUCCUUGACAGCAGAGGAGUUUGCAAAGCUCUUGGGUCUCUCUGUUCUUCUCUCUAAAGAACGGUUGUUGCUGGCUGAGAAGGUGGGCCACCUGUGUAGAGAUGACUCUGUUGAGGGUUUGAGAUUCUACCCGAACCUCUUUUGACCUGCUCACAGUCAUUGUUGCUGAAAAAGGAAAAAAACAACUUCAAGUGGGCAGCACUGUCUCUGCUGAUAGACUAAUGCAUUGCCACUACAUGAGUGUACCGCUGCACAAUGUACCUAAUCAGUCUGGUCAUGAUUUUUUAACGGUUGGUGUUCUGUUUGUGGUAGAUCUUUGCAAAUCCACCUUAGGCACUGCCAGCUAUCUUCUCUUUAGGUCUGAGAGCUCGACUCUGUCUUGAAAGUUUGUCAAAGAGAUACUUUUCCAGAAACUGCUCAAAUACUGUCCAUGCAGCAAAGUGUUCCCAGAUCUGCUCUGCUUGAUGGAGUGAUCAUCAUGUGCAUUUAGUAAUGAAUAGGUUUGGGAAAAUUGCUAUAAUGGGAUAUCCAGUGAACAUUUUCUUCACACAUUCUUGUGACGCAAAGCGUAUACUUAUUUUUUACAAAACAAGUAUGGAUUGUUAUGAAAGGCCCAUAGCGAGUGAUUACAUGUUUUCCAAAGUGAAAUGUACAUUUCUGUAAUAAAUGAACAAGGAAUGAA